AUGGGCCAGGAGAAUUCUAAAAGGGCGUUUGCCUGCAGCCUUCGAGAGCUGCUUCAGACGGGAGGAGCUGGGUUGUCAGAUAGUGUGUUGGAAGAUUUUUUGGCAGAGGUAGAUUCAUGCUGCCCAUGGUUCCCUCGAGAAGGAACGUUGAACAAAAAGACCUGGGAGACGGUCGGAGAGGUUUUGAAAACCACCAGGGCAGAUUAUAACACCCUCUGUCUUUGGAAACUGGUAAAAGAUGCUAUUGAUAAUAAAACAGAUAAAGAGACCUCGCAGGUGUUAGCUAUUGCCCAGGCACAGCUUGAAGAGUUCCAAGAACACCCAUCAGAAAGCCCUUGUACAAAAAGGGGCACUCUCAACCCUACAUCAGGGAAAUGUAGACCUAGUACACCUUCUCCAGCUCAGAUAAAAGAAUUCGGAAACUCUGAAUUAGAGAUGGAAAUUAAACUGCAGAGAUUGACUAAUGAGCUACAGGAGUUAAAGUGUCAGUCAGGUGCAAAAAGGAUCGAUGAUUCUGGGAUACGUCAAUCGCCAUUAGAAAGAGCCGUGAGUCAGGCCCGCAGGGAUGGGCAGGAUACAUAUGACGUGUUAGCGUUUCCUGUAUUGGAAGUAGUUGAUCAACAGAACCAAAGAACUAGACAAUAUCAGGCAUUGGAGUUUAAAGUGAUAAAAGAGUUGAAAACUUCGGUUUCUCAAUAUGGGCCUACGGCGCCCUUCACACAAGCUUUAUUGGAUACUGUGGUAGAAUCAAAUUUAACACCCCAAGAUUGGAAAACUUUGUGUAAGGCUACUUUGUCAGGAGGAGAUUACUUGCUUUGGAGCUCAGAAUGGCGUGAGGCUAGUAAGAAAACUGCCGCGAUGAAUGCUCAGGCAGGUAAUCCUAUUUGGGACUUGAACAUGCUUUUAGGAGAAGGUCAAUAUGAAGGGAAUGCUAAUCAGGUCGAGCUGCCUCCAGGUGUGUACGCACAGAUUGCAAUGGCUGCUCGCCGUGCUUGGAAUCAGUUACCUACUAAAGGGGAUGUUAAUGGGAGUUUAUCCAGCAUCAAGCAGGGUCCUGAUGAAUUAUUCCAGGACUUCGUGGACAGGCUGCAAAAGACAGCUGGUAGAAUUUUUGGAGAUCCUCAGUCAGGAAUUCCUUUUGUUACACAGCUGGCCUAUGAGAACGCUAAUGCAGCUUGCCGCGCGGCUAUCAGGCCUUACAAGGCAAAGACAGAUUUACAUGGAUACAUUCGUCUUUGUGCUGAAAUUGGGCCCUCUUACAAUCAGGGUCUGGCCAUGGCCGCUGCUUUUCAGGGGACCACUAUACAUGCAAUGCUUGCACAGAGCUGUAAAGAUAGAAGAUGUUAUAAAUGUGGAGAUACAGGUCAUUUUAAAGGUGACUGUCCCAGGAGAAAGGGCGUGGACUAUCAACCAGGUCGCAUGUCAGGAAUUUGUCCUCGGUGCAAGAAGGGUCGUCAUUGGGCUAACAAAUGUAAUGCUAAAACAGAUAAUCAGGGCCGUCCCUUGUCGGGAAACGAGUGGUGGGGCCAGCCCUAGGCCCCCAGGAAUCCACAGCCAACAGCUUAUGGGGCCAUGAAGCUGUUGCCAAGUCAGGGAAAUCUAUUUCAGAACUUAUUAGAGCAACCCCAGGAAGUGCAGGAUUAGACCUUAGUUCCACUACCCAUGCUGUACUGACACCAGAAAUGGGAGUUCAGACGUUGCCUACAGGAGUUUUUGGGCCCUUGCCUCCAGGGACUUGGGGAUUACUU